AUGUGUUUUAAAAAAUUUCUACUACCGGCAGCAGAGACGCUGAAUGAUACAAGUUCCAAAAAUUUCCUAAAUGCAUUAUGGAGAAAGGUUAAGAGUGAUGCAGAUACAGUUGCUCAAUCUCGGAAAAGACGACAAUCGGUUUUCGUACCAGGUGUUCGCCCAGAUAUGAAUACCUAUGACAUCAUUGCCAGCAUCCAUACAGGUAGUGAUCGAGAACAUAGAGGGCCAGCUUUUUUCUCAUGGCACAGAAUUUAUUUACUGCUGUAUGAAGCAGCAUUACAAACAGUUUUGGGACGAGAUGUAACUGUUCCAUCUUGGGACUCCUCAUUAGAUCAAGCCAUGGGAAAUCGACAGAAUAGGACUUCUAUAUUUUCGAACAAAUAUUUUGAGACACCGUUUGGUUAUGUUACCGAAGAUUUGUUUGCAAACUUAACCGGUAAACGAAUUAUCCGUUGUAUUGGUGCAAAAGGAGGUCUUACUUCCAAAAACGCAAUUGCGGCUGUUCUAUCAAGAACAAGCCAUAGUCAGAUUGUACAAGAUGACCAAAGGAGGUAUUUUGUUGAAGGCUAUCACAACAUUGUUCACCGUUGGGUAGACGGAACAAUGGCAGGCAGGACUACUGCUGCAUUUGAUCCUAUGUUUUGGUGUCAUCAUUGUUUUGUUGACUAUGUUUGGGAAUUAUUCAGAAGACGCAUAGGAAAUGCCCCUGCAGAUUAUCCUUUAGGUUUUACGUUGCAUCCUUCAGAGGGUCUAAUGAACCUUAGUAAUUACAGAUACCGACCAAAUCCACCAUUAACAAAUAGAGAAGGUUACAGUAAUAUAUAUGCCCGUCUUCGACGAUAUGCACCCGCGCCAUCAUGUCAAAACCAUUGUUCAAAUAGCCCAGCUCUGUAUUGUGACAGAAAUAGAGACAUAUGUAUCUCUACGGAGAGAGUACAUGACGCACGAUAUGCUCAAGACAGGACUUCCCUAUGUGAUGUUGGUACGAAUCCUAGAGUUAAUGAAAAUAUUACUGCAACAAUAACCUCAUUACAAAUAAUAGAGCAAGCAGUUUUACAAGAUUUUCCGGCUUGCUCUCCCCUUAAAUUGUUUCAGAUAAAUCAAAUCGAUCCAUACGCUCGUGGAACAUCUAUUUAUGAUGUUUAA